GUGUUUAAAAAUGUAUCUCUGUCUGUGGUGUUUGUUCACUUCAUGAGCAGCCGACUCUAAUUUUUUUGGAAUUAGAACUUGAAUUAUUUGCAUUAUUACAUUAGAAAGAAUGGCCGGCUCAUUAAGUGAGGCAGCGAAGGCCCUUGUGGACGAAUUUAAGCGAAACCGACUAACCGAACUGGGCCUUGAAGUUGUAGAGUCCAUGGCCUCGCAAUUCCAAACGGAUCUUGAUACCGAAGUGGAUGUUCGAAAUGAACUGCGGACCGUGUCACGAGCGCUUGAAAAAGCAACCAAACGUGUUCUCCACAUCCUCCAACGCAUUCAUUUGGAGGCUGAAUCUGAUGAAAAGACUACUAAACUUGGGGAGACAGGGAUGGACCUAAUAAUUAAGGACGUAGCUCCUAUCCUCGCACAGAUAGGGGAAAAAUUGCCACCCAGCGAGUACUAUAAAUACGCCGACUUCUUCCGAUUCAAUGUCAUCAAGAGUGUAUUUGCCAUCGGACUUUCUAAAUUUCUUCUGGACGGCUCAUUUGCUACCGUCCAGUUUGUAGCGUCAAUUCUACAAAUUCCCACUGCUGAGACACGUAAAAGUGGAGGCAUUUUUCUCGAGUGGGAGGAAUAUUUGGAGGGUAUGAUUGACGUUGGACAAGAAUUAGCCCGUCUUGCAAAAAACUGUGUUAUAUUAGACAAUUACGGUCUGGUUGCGAAGAUUCACAGCUAUAUUUCCACUCUCACCUUCGGCUUCAGUGGUAUGAACUUUAAGAACGACGGACUACGAAGAAGAUUCGAUUCCUUGAAAUAUGACUCGAGGGCCAUUGAAGAAGUUGUGUACGAUUUGAAAAUGCAAAAAAGUGCUGCCAAAAGCAACUCUUAGGACAUUAUGAGUUAGUUCGAAUAACAUGCUCCGCAAGUAUUUAAUACCCAUUAUUGUUUUCCAUUACAUUUGCACAUAAUUUUUUAUUAAAUUGAGAAGUUGUGAAGAUUCAAAAUUA